AGUGAUCGUCCUUCGAUUGACACAAAACCAACUUCUAACCUAAGAUCCGUUCGAAAAACGAUUAUCCUCCCGCAAGGUCUGUAAUAUCAAUUGACCCCGAGUGUAGAUGAAAAAAUCCGUGUAAAAUCAUCAUCAUAAUUGCGAUAAAGUUCGUUUUUGAUUGUGUGAUAAGGCGUUACGUCAUUUUGAAUGUCAUUGUCAGGUUUGGUGGCCAGGACCGGUCCGAGAUGUUUUCGGGCCCUAAUUAUCGGAAAAAGCGCGUUUUCAACGACCAGGGUCACCUUUGGCCAGAUUCGCCGCAAAAACUAAAGUGAUUAUUAGAAUAAACUUGAUAAUAAAUUACGAAAAAGUGUGACCUUGGGGGAAUAGCACCGAGCGAUCAGUUUGCCAAUUCGCGCUGAUUUAAUCACACGUCAAGGUAGAAGUUCUAAUAACUUGAUAAGAAUUGUCGAGCCAGACAACAAAUAGAGUAAAUUACGCCAAUUACGGCUUAAUUGUGCCUACUUAUCGCGUAUUAAUAAAAAUUCGAGUGCACAUCAUUUGUAUCUUUUAAAGUGAGUGGCACGCCAUUUGAAGAUAAAACAAUCGAAAUAUCGGUCAGUCAUCGAGUGAUCGUCGGAAUGUGUGGACCUGAACCAUGAAGAAAAGCAAUACGGACCUGAACGGCGUUUUGGAAAAUGGAACAGCCGGGCUGAGUGUGAGACGGCCGGUUUACCAACUUGAAGAUUUGAACAGAGACACUGACUAUGAGACACCGCACACAACAUUUGUGCAGGAUUGUGGUCGCAGAUUUCGGGCCUUCCGGCCCUUUAGGUGUCUCUACUAUUCGGUGCCGGUGCUCAAAUGGCUCCCAAAAUACAGUUGCAAGAAAAAUAUUUUUGGGGAUAUUAUCAGUGGGAUUACGGUGGCUAUCAUGCACAUACCGCAGGGCAUGGCGUACGGCCUCCUCGGCAACGUGCCCCCCGUGGUCGGCAUCUACAUGGCCUUCUUCCCCGUACUUAUCUACUUCAUUUUCGGCACAUCUCGCCACGUCUCGAUAGGAACCUUCGCAAUCAUUUGUCUAAUGACCGGCAAAGUGGUCAACCAAUACAGCAGCAUCGAAAUCCUCCAAAACGGCACCGUGGUCACCACCCCGUCCCCCAACCCCGAAAUGCCCCUCUACACCAACGUGGAAGUCGCCACAACCGUCACCUUCGCCGUGGCUAUGAUCCAACUCGUCAUGUACUCCCUGCGCCUUGGCGUCGUCUCGACUUUACUCAGCGAAACUCUAGUGAACGGUUUCACGUGUGCUUCAGCCUUCCACGUGGUCUCGUCACAAAUCAAAGAUCUGUUCGGGAUUCCGAUUAAAAAACGAAGGGGAAAUUUCGGCUUCCCUUUGACGAUUUACGACUCGGUUUUGGCCCUGUCAAGGGCCAAUCCGUACGCUUGUGGCAUGUCGGCAGUAUCGUGCGUUAUCCUUAUCAUCAAUAACGAAGUUUUGAAGCCCUUUUUAGCCAAGAAAACCAAAAUUCCGUUCCCGAUCGAAUUGCUGGCUGUGGUUUUGGGUACGGCCUCGAGUUAUUUCUUUAGUUUGGAUACGAAGUACGAUAUUUCGGUUGUGGGGCACAUACCGACUGGGUUUCCGGCCCCCACACCUCCAGCUUUUGCCCUUAUACCGGAUAUUUUAGUCGAUGCGUUUGUAAUAACCAUGGUUUCGUACACUAUAACUAUGUCCAUGGCGUUGAUUUUUGCAAGGAAGCUGUUCUAUGAGGUGGACUCGAACCAGGAACUGUUGGCUUUGGGACUGAGCAACACCAUGGGCUCGUUCUUCGCCUGCAUGCCCGUCACAGCCUCCCUCUCCCGCUCCAUGAUCCAGGAGGCCGUCGGAGGAGUGACCCAAAUCGCCUCCAUCGUCUCCUGCAGCAUUCUCUUGGUCAUCCUCCUCUGGAUCGGGCCACUCUUCGAAACCCUCCCCCGGUGUGUCCUAGCUAGCAUCAUCGUGGUGGCCCUCAAAGGCAUGCUCUUCCAAUGCCAAUCGAUCGUAAGGUAUUGGAAAUUGAGUAAAUGGGACGCUUUGGUCUGGACGGUUACUUUCUGUACAACUUUGUUCGUUCAAAUUGGAUAUGGAUUGGCGGCAGGAGUGGCUGUUUCGUUACUAAGUGUUUUUAUACAAGGGUAUAAACCCUACACUUGUCUUUUGGGGGUUGUGCCAAACACUGACCUGUAUCUGGAUAUUAAACGGUACAAGAAAGCGCAAGAAAUUCAAGGUGUGAAGAUUUUUAGGUACUCGGGAGGGUUGAGUUUUGCGUCAAGAAGCGCUUUUAAGGAGUUGUUGAAUAGGAAAAUCGGGUUUGAUCCAGCGAGUGUGCUCAGGAAGAGGGCCAGGUUGGAGGAGUCGCCCUCAAGGUCCACCACCGUCACCGAGGACUUCGAUUUGCUCACCCGUUGUGUGAUUUUGGACUUCGCCUCUUUGACUUUCGUGGACCCUUCUGGUGUGGACUUACUCCGGCAACUACAGAGUGAUUACGCAAAACUCGAUAUAAAGCUCUACAUUGCGGCUUGUUCAGGGCCGGUUUAUGAAAAAUUCAUCAUCUGUGAUCAACAAGAAGGCAUCGAGAGCAAGUUUAUGAUCUUCCCGACGAUUCACGAUGCCGUUCUUUUCGCUCAAUCAAAUGUGUUAAGGACUAAACAAAUUUAAAUAAGUGAAAGUAUUAGAGAUUUUAUUUUUGUUAUAAAUAAAUAUAUUUCGUACUUAGAAAUUCUAUUAAAGAGUUACCAACACUUGUUAUUUAUUCAGAGAUUUUUAAUAAACAAUUAAAAAUGACAAA